AUGAAGUUAUAAAUUCGAGGCUCAAAAAGCAAGAAUUUGUUGAUUUCAAUGUAAUAAAUUUUAAUAUUAAAGUGAAAGUAUCAUGAUAAAAGACACGAAUUUAUCAACAAGAUCUAUAUUUUAUGAUGAUGUUGAUGUUUAAUGGCAAUCAAGUUAAUCUAAAGAACUAAUCAUAACAUUAUAAGGAUUAUUUCACAUCUAUAAGGAAUAAAAGAGUCAUUACAAACUUUUAGAAGUCUCUUUUAGCAAACCUUAUAUAAUAAAAUAGUCUAGAAAAUAAGUAUAUUAUUAUUUAACGUUAGGGUUCGAAAGUUCUUGAUAUCACUAAUGCUAUAAUAGAGAAGGUGAGUAAUAAUAUAGUUGGAGAAGGAUUACUAGUUUAAAAAAAUAACUUAAAGUUUUAUAUGUAUGGUCAGGUUGAGAAAUGGUUAAACUAAAUGUAAGAACUCUGCAUUUAAGUUAAUUUUCAUGAAGACUAUUUUUUAUACAGAUUAAUUUCUAAUAGUUAGCAGUCUAAUGUAUCAAAUUCUUAUUAUGACAGGUGUAUUUUGCAGAAGAUCGGAACACAAAAAUAGAUUAUGCAAUCAAAGUAUUUGAAAAGAAUAAAAUUGAAUAAGAAAUUGGACCCAAGGCUUUGAAAUAAGAAAUAGAGAUUCUUAGACUCAUAAAAAAUGAGCAUUUUACCAAACUAUUAAAAAUUUAUGAAGGAGAUUAGGCAGUUUAUUUGGUUUUUGAACAGUAAAAAGGAGGUGACUUAUAGAGAUUUCUAAAAGAAAAUGAAAAUAUUCUUACAGAAAAAACUGCAUUUCAAGCUAUCAAAUAAUUGUUAUAGGGAAUAAGUCUUAUGCAUAAUCUCAAUUAUAUGCAUCGUGAUUUAAAACCUGAAAAUAUAUUGUUAAAAAACAAGGAUUCUUUAGAAGAACUAAUUAUUAGUGAUUUAGGUUUGGCUGAAAAAGUUAAUAAUGAAUAAAAACCAUUAUUUACUCUCUGUGGAACUCCUGGAUAUGUAGCACCUGAAGUUCUUAAAAAACAACCUUAUGAUCAUAAGGUUGAUAUAUAUGGUAUAGGAAUAAUUCUAUAUACAUUACUUACAGGAAACAAUCCCUUUUAAUCAAUAAUAUAGGAUGAAACUCUUGAAUUAAACAUGAUCGGACAUGUCAAUAUAGAUAAGGUAAAUUGUUCGGAACUUGGCAAAGAUUUACUUAAACAAUUAUUGUAAGUAUCUCCAAAUCGUAGACCAACUGCAUAACAAGCACUUAGACAUUAAUAUUUUAGAAAUUAAUCUCCAGAUAAAAUACUUCCAAAAUAAAGCAUUAUUAUCUCAAAAUCUAAAAUCCAUUCUCUUCAUAGUGAAUAGAUCUCUCCGCUUACACCGAAUCUCAAUUUUGAUAAAUUUAAAGCUCCUCAAAGUAAGAAUAUUAUAAUAUUGAAGUUUAACCAUAAUAUUUAAGAUAAGCCACACCUAAAUUGGAUAUUCAUCAAAAAAAUACUACAAACUUAAUGAAGAAAUUUAGAAGACCUUCAUGA